CCCCAUAUACGCUUGAAGGCAGGAAGAGAGGAGAGACAGAAGAGGAAGAGACGCGAAGGGGAUGGGCUUAGUGCUUUCAUUUAAAGUUAGACAAAAGCAGAAGUGAGAGGUCUAGCAAAAAAGUGAUAGCAAAAGAAAUCGGAGGAGACUCCAAGAGAGAGAAAGGUAGGUGAGGGACUGCGUGCAGUCAUGGCUCCGUGGACCAGGACCACCACCGAGCGGUACGGUGUAGUGAAGUGGAAUUUUGUCGGGAGUGGAGAGAAGCAGAUUUCUCUGGAGGUGGGAGAUGCCGUUUACAUCCAGGAAGUCUGUGAAGGCUGGUACAGGGGCUACUUGGCGAGGAACAAAACCCAACGGGGUGUGUUCCCCGCCAGCUUUGUCCAUCUUAAGCAGGUGGUCAUUAAAAAACGAGGAAAUGAGGAGGUGGUGAUGUUUGCAGAGAUGCCCCUGGUGAAGGAGGUGACCACCACACUGAGGGAGUGGGGAAGCAUAUGGAAGCAGCUCUUUGUGGUCAAUAAGGAGACGCGUGUGAAGCAGGUCCCGAGACUGAUGUGGGAACUGAUGGAGUGGCGUUCCCAGCUCCUGUCCGGCACUCUGCCCACGGACGAGUUCAAGGAGCUCAAGCAGAAAGUCACCUCCAAGAUCGAUUACGGCAACAAGAUCUUGGAGCUGGACCAGGUCGUUCGAGACGAGGACGGGAACAUCCUGGACCCGGAGAAGGCGAGCGUCAUCAGCCUCUUUCGGGCUCACGAGGAGGCCACGGCCAAGAUCAAUGAACGCAUCAAAGAGGAGAAGUCCAACAUCCAGACGGAGCACAGCGGGAUCUCAGCACGGAUCCAAUCCUCCCCCUCCCACAGCCUCUACGUCUUUGUCAGGAACUUCGUGUGCCGCAUUGGAGAGGACUCGGAGCUCUUCAUGUCCCUCUAUGACCCCAACAAGCAGACCAUCAUCAGUGAGAACUACAUGGUGCGCUGGAGCAGCGAAGGAUUCCCCAAGGACAUCGACAUGCUCAACAACCUGAAAGUUGUCUUUACAGACCUGGGGAACAAGGAUCUGAGCAAAGAGAAGAUUUAUCUGAUCUGUCAGAUAGUGCGGGUGGGCACCAUGGACCUGAAAGAGAAGAAAAACAUGAAGUGCACUCACGGUCUGAGGCGGGCGUUCGGGGUGGCAGUGAUGGACAUCAGCGACAUCAUCAAAGGGAAGGUGGAAUGUGAUGAAGAGAAGCAGCACUUCAUCCCCUUCUUCCCGGUUGUCGCUGAGAACGACUUUCUUCACACCUUGCUGAACAAAGUGACGGCAACGCGGGGAGACAGCGGCGGCCAAGGUCUGUGGGUCACCAUGAAGGCUCUGGUCGGGGACAUAGUCCAGACCCGGAAGGAGUACCCCCACCUGGUGGACCGCAGCACCAUGGUGGCCCGCAAGCUGGGCUUCCCGGAGAUCAUCAUGCCGGGAGACGUGCGCAACGACAUCUACCUCACCCUGCAGGGCGGCGACUUCGACAAGUACAACAAGACGUCGCAGAAGAACGUGGAGGUCAUCAUGUUGGUCUGUGAUGAGGAGGGCAAGGUCAUCCAGAACUCCAUCUGUCUGGGAGCAGGGGAUAAGGCGGUCAGUGAGUACAAAUCCGUCAUCUACUACCAAAUCAAACAGCCCCGCUGGAUGGAGACGUUUAAGGUGGCCGUCCCUCUGGAAGAAAUGCACAGAAUUCAUUUACGCUUCAUGUUCAGACACCGCUCUUCAUUGGAGUCCAAGGACAGGAGUGAGAAGAACUUUGCCAUGGCCUUUGUGCGUCUGAUGAAAGAUGAUGGGACGGUUCUGCAGGAUGGAAUGCAUGACCUCGUAGUCUUCAAGGGCGACAGCAAGCGCAUGGAAGAUGUGAACUCCUACCUGUCGCUACCUUCGACGCGCCACCAGCACGGCGAGCUCCACAAGGGGUCGGGGCUGAACCGCAGCUCCAGCAACGUGUCCGGGAGCGGGGGGGGCCUGUCGGUCAGCUCCAGGGACAGCUUCACCAUCUCCACCCUGGUCUGCUCCACCAAACUCACCCAGAAUGUCGGCCUGCUGGGGCUGCUCAAGUGGAGGACUCGACCCGAACUCCUCAGAGAAAACCUGGAGAACCUCAAAAUCAUCGAUGGAGAGGAGGUGGUCAAGUUUCUGCAAGACACCCUGGAUGCCUUGUUCAACAUCAUGAUGGAGCACUCUCAGACGGACGACUACGACAUCCUCGUGUUUGAUGCCUUGAUAUACAUCAUCGGUCUGAUUGCCGACAGAAAGUUCCAGCACUUCAACACGGUGUUGGAGGCCUACAUCAAGCAGCACUUCAGCGCCACGCUGGCCUACAAGAAGCUGAUGUCGGUGCUGAAGAGAUAUCUGGACGUGUCCAGCCGAGGGGAACAGUGUGAGCCCAUCCUCCGAACCCUCAAAGCCCUCGAGUACAUCUUCAAGUUCAUCGUCCGCUCGCGCAAGCUCUACUCCCAGCUGUACGAGGGGAAAGAGCAGGACGAGUUUGAGGAUUCGCUGAGGAGGCUCUUUGAGUCCAUCAACAGCCUGAUGAAAACGGACUACACCACCACUCUGCUGAACAGGGUUGCCGCUCUGAAGUACCUGCCAACAGUCCUGCAUGAUGUGGAGAAAGUGUUUGAUCCCAAGCUCCUCAGUCAGCUGCUGCACGACUUCUAUUCCUGCAUCCCCCCCGAGAAACUGCAGAAGCAGAAGGUGGCCUCCAUGACUGAAAUCGUGAGCAGCCGACUCUUCCAGAAACAAGAGUGCCGUGAUGUGCUGUUACCCAUGAUGCUGCGGGAGUUGAGCGGGGCACUGGCCAGCAUGGCUGACGGACCUCAUGACGAGAGGAGGAACAGCCUGGAACUGCUCAACAACAUCCUGGAGGUCCUCAGCCGGGACAAUGUGGGGGAAACGUUUCAGCACAUCCAGGACAUUGUGGUGUCUCUGCUGAGGAUCAUUAACCAGACGGUCAUCACAAUGGGUCGUGAGCACGCCCUGAUUUCCAGGGUGGUCGCCUGCAUGACAGCGAUCCUCAGUCAGAUGGACGAUCGUCAUUAUGCCACAUACAUAGAAACGUUCAGUUCCACUGAUCUCGUGGACUUCCUGAUGGAAUCCUUCCUGCUCUUCAAGGACCUGAUUGGAAAACAUGUCUAUCCCUCUGACUGGAUGGCAAUGAUCAUGGUGCAGAACAGGGUGUUCCUGAGAGCCAUCAACACCUACGCCGACACCAUGAACCACAAGUUCCUCAAUAACGACGACUUUGAAGUCCAGUUAUGGAAUAACUACUUCCACUUAGCGGUGGCGUUUAUUACCCAGGAGUCUCUGCAGCUUCAGCAUUUCUCGCCGACCAAAAGGAACAAGAUACUUGCCAAAUAUGGAGACAUGAGGAGACUCAUUGGUUUUGCUAUCCGUGACAUCUGGUACAAACUAGGGAGCCAUAAGAUCUGUUUCAUCCCCGGCAUGGUGGGUCCCAUCCUGGAGAUGACCCUGAUCCCAGAGGAGGAGCUGAGAAGAGCCACCAUUCCCAUUUUCUUCGACAUGAUCACCUGUGAACACACACACUCUGGAAACUUCCACAAGUUUGAGAAUGAGAUUAUUCUGAAGCUGGACCAUGAGGUGGAGGGCGGAGGAGGCGACGAGCGAUACAUGCAACUGCUGGAGACCAUCCUCCUGGACUGCGCUGCCGAGCAACUCACCCUGAGGCCGGAGGUGGAGCACUUUGUCUCCCUGGUGAAGGGACUCCUGAUCCGUCUCCUCGACUACCGCACGGUGAUGAGCGAUGACAGCCGCAACAACCGCAUGAGCUGCACCGUCAAUCUGCUGAACUUUUACAAAGACAUCAAUCGUGAAGGGAUGUACAUCAGGUACCUUUACAAAUUGAGAGACCUUCACCUGGAGGGGGAGAACUACACAGAGGCAGCAUACACACUGCUGCUCCACUCUCGCCUGCUCAAGUGGUCGGAUGACAUGUGCAGCCCCCAGUUUGAGUUCAGCAGCUCCGACACCCAGCGGCAGCUCAAAGAAACUCUCUACGACACCAUCAUCGACUACUUUGACAAGGGCAAGAUGUGGGAAGAGGCCAUCACUCUGUGCAAGGAGCUGGCGGAACAGUACGAGAAUGAGAUCUUUGACUACGAUUUGCUCAGCAAGAGACUGGAGAAACAAGCCAAGUUCUACGAGAACAUCAUGAAGAUCCUGAGGCCGAACCAGGACUACUUCGCAGUGGGGUACUAUGGGCAGGGCUACCCUCCAUUCCUCAGGAACAAGGUGUUUAUCCACCGGGGGAAGGAGUAUGAGCGCAGAGAAGAGUUCCAGAACAAGCUAAUGAGCCAGUUUCCCAGCGCCGUGCGCCUCAACACCACCACCAUGCCGGGAGACGACGUCAGGAACUCGCCGCUCCAGUACAUCCAGUGUUUCACCGUGCAGCCCGUCCUCGAGAUCCCUCCUCGCCUGAAGAACAAACCCGUCCCCGACCAGAUCAUCAACUUCUACAAGGCCAACUACGUGCAGCGGUUUCACUACUCCAGGCCUGUGAGGAAAGGACCCGGGGACCCAAACAAUGAGUUUGCUUCGAUGUGGAUUGAGCGCACAACCUUCACCACUGUGUACAAGCUGCCAGGGAUCCUGCGCUGGUUUGAGUCUACUGACUUGAAGCAUACCACCUUGUCGCCACUGGAGAACGCCAUAGAGACCAUGGAGUCCACCAAUAGGAAGAUCCUGACCAUGAUCAACCAGUAUCAGGCUGAUUGGAGCCUUCCCAUCAACCCCCUCUCCAUGCUGCUCAACGGCAUCGUGGACCCGGCCGUCAUGGGUGGCUUCGCCAAGUAUGAAAAGGCGUUCUUUACCGAGGAGUACAACGAGCAGCACCAGGAGGACAGAGAUAAACUGCUGCGCCUCAAAGACCUCAUCGCGUGGCAGAUCCCGCUACUGGGCGGAGGGAUCUCCCUCCACGGGAAGAGAGUGAGCGAGGACCUGCGUCCGUUCCACGAGCGCAUGGAGGAGUGUUUCAAGCUGCUGAGGAAGAAAGUAGAGAAGGAGUACGGAGUGAGAGAACUGCCGGACAUGGUCGGGAGGAAGUCCACUCGUCCACGCUCCGUGCUGCGCUCCUUCCGUCAGUCCAUCAUCUCCAUCUCGUCCCUGCAGGGAUCUGAGUGUGGCACUCCGACCAAGACCUUCGCAGACAGGGACUUCCCCCCCGAGUCCCCGACCUCCUGGUCCUCCACCCUGCAGCACUCCAGCGGCAGCAUGAGCGUGGGCACAGUGGAGGAGGGGGUGGUGACGGUGGGCGAGGCCGAGGUCAAACUGAGGAAAAGCAAGAAGAAGAAGAAGCGGAGCAGCAUGAUCUUCAUCACGGAGGAGAGGGACAGGACGAACACGCUGGACUCCAAACGGCUGUCCAAGAAACAGGAGUUCCGCAGUGACACCAACUUGUCUGAUCCAAUCGAAGGAAAUGUGAGGUUGACCAGCGCCAACUCCAGAUCCCUGCCUGCCAUCACCGGUUUGUCCUUGGCUGUGGUGGGAGGUCCAGAGGACGUGGACGGCUCCAGAUCCAGGAGGGACAGUAAGAGCAUGUCGCUCUGUUUGACCUCGGACCGAACCGCGGACAGACGCUCAAAGGGCGUCAUCAACCUCCUCUUCAAAUCCAAGAACAAAUCCGAGGAAGGGAAGAACGGUGAUCCGAACAAGAAACGAGACAGUCAUUUCUAGAAAUCCAUUAUUUUCAUUUUGUACUUCUCUCUCUCUUCAUUUGCAUUUGUUUUAAAAAGAGAUAAACCUGCAGCCAGAAAAGCAGAGCUAUGCACCGACUCAGUCUCGGUGUUGCUGUUGCCUUAAUAUAAUUGAUUUGACCUAUCAAUAAAAGCUAUUUUGUUUCGCAGUGA